UCAGCAGGGGAUCAAAUACUUUUUUCCCUCACUGUAUUUAAAAAAAUUUUUGCAUCAGUUGGCAGCUAAUGGAUAUUGAGUCCUCCUCUUAGCACCAUUCUGUCCUGUCAUGCUUUCACCUGAACUCACUAUAUUGAGAUGAUACUUGUGUACUGUGAAUGGAGAAAUGAUCCCAUAUAGACAUCUAAAUCUAUCAUCAACUUGACCAUAUUAGUAGUGAUGUCAUAAAGGAGGGUUGACCAUAGAAUUAUAAAUAAUUAUAUUCUAUUGAUUCUAUGGGGCAGGACUUGUUGGCAGCCUUCUGUGACAUCAUAAUCCACUGUAUGGCACUACCAUGACAACAUACUGUAAUUCCAACAGUCCAAUCAAACAUUCUGAACCUCAUAACUCAUCUUUCUUUCUAGAGAGUGGUUGAUUUUGAUAUUUUCUCUGAGUUUACUCCUUGUACAGUAUUUACAAUGGCUUUGAAGUGUAGUACUGUUGUUUUGUUGGUGUCUCUUUACAUGGUGGCGUUACACGCUGGACUCCCUGACUGGCUUCCAGAUGGCGAGGUGCUUCGGGACACCCUGUUACCCCCCAUGAUCCCUAAGGAGUGGUCUGCCACCCCUCGACUCCAGACCGACACUUACACCGUUCUAAAUAUCCUGUACAAACGACACUUUACAACUGAAGAGAACAUGACCCCCACCAAGACCGGACAGACUUUGACCCAGACAACCCAAGAUGAUGCUACACCUAGCUUUGAAUUCCUGCGGACCCGUGUGGCUGACCUCGAGACUUUGGAGAAUGCUGGAGUGAGUGAGAUUGUAUGGAGGAGGCUGGUUCGAUUGAUUAAUGAGACUGAAGACCAAAAGCUGGAGACAGCAGGUUCUGUGAUGUUGGGUCUCUCCUGUGUCUUGGGAGGACUGGGCCUGCUACUGAAGAUCAGUUUGAAAGGCUUCCUACAGGCCAUGGUUGCUUUGGAGCUUGAUGUUGACCAGGACAAGAUGAAGGGAGCUGGUCAGACAGACUCCUGUACUGAUGCUGCAACUACUCAAGUGUUGACCUCUAAGAACAGUGGCUCUAGCAAGAAGACAGGUCGACUCUCCAAGACGGGACACCACUGAAUACCCUGCUGCAAAUAUGGGCCAUUAUUCUUUUUGCACUUGAAAGAUUUUGAUAAAGAUUUUGCUUAUUACUAUA